AUGUCUAACCCAGUUGUCUUUUUCGACAUUGCAGUCAACGGCUCCCCUCAGGGACGCAUUAUUUUCGAGCUCUUCGCCAACGUCGUGCCCCGCACAGCUGAGAAUUUCCGUGCCCUUUGCACUGGUGAACGUGGAUUCGGAUAUAAGGGAAGCUCUUUCCACCGCGUGAUUCCGCAGUUCAUGCUCCAGGGUGGUGACUUCACUCGUGGAGAUGGCACCGGUGGACGAUCCAUCUACGGUGAAACAUUCCCCGAUGAGAACUUCAACUUGAAGCACACCACUCCUGGUCUUCUCUCUAUGGCCAAUGCUGGUCCUGGCACAAACGGCUCGCAAUUUUUCAUCACCACCGUUGUCACUGAUUGGCUCGAUGGAGCUCACGUUGUCUUUGGACGUGUUAUUGAAGGCAUGGACUUGGUACAGAGCAUUGAAUCUCUUGGAACCGAGUCGGGUACACCCCGCGGACGUGUCCAGAUUAUCGAGUCUGGUCAGCUUCAGUGA